UGCCCCCCACACCCCCAUUUACCCCCGCGGUCACGUACCUCACCUCUGCUUUUCUCUCCUUUCCAAGCUCAGAGCGGAGAGCAGCGAGAAGAUCGAUCUCUUGCUCCAUCUCCGUUGAUGGACUAUUCGGGCUCCAAGGAGCUGCCCUCGGCAAGGGCGUGGUGGUCGAGGGAGACGGUGGCCGUGGUGACCGGCGCGAACCGGGGCAUCGGGCACGCGCUGGCGGCGCGGCUCGCGGAGCACGGCCUCACCGUGGUGCUCACCGCGCGGGACGCCGCGCGAGGGGAGGCCGCCGCCGCGCCGCUCCGGGAGCGGGGCCUCGCCGUCGUCUUCCGCCGCCUCGACGUCGCCGACCCGGACUCCGUGCGGGCCUUCGCCGCCUGGCUCCGCGACGCCGUCGGCGGCCUCGACAUCCUGGUGAACAAUGCCGCUGUUUCGUUCAAUGAAAUUGACACCAACUCAGUGGAGCACGCCGAGUCGGUCCUUAGAACGAACUUCUAUGGGGCCAAGAUGCUGACUGAGGCACUCCUGCCACUCUUCCGGCGAUCACCAGCCACCAGCCGGAUACUGAAUAUCAGCUCCCAACUUGGCCUACUCAAUAAGGUGAGCGACCCGGAGCUGAAGAGGCUGCUCCAGGACGAGGAGAGGCUGACGGAGGCGGGGGUGGAGGGGAUGGUGUCGCGGUUCCUGUCGCAGGUGAAGGACGGGACGUGGCGCGGGCAGGGGUGGCCCAAGGUGUGGACGGACUACUCGGUGUCGAAGCUGGCCCUGAACGCGUACGCGCGCGUGCUGGCGCGGCGGCUGCAGGCGCGCGGCGACCCGGUGAGCGUCAACUGCUUCUGCCCGGGGUUCACGCGGACGGACAUGACCCGCGGCUGGGGGAAGCGCACCGCGGAGGAGGCCGCCGAGGUCGCCGCGCGCCUCGCACUGCUCCCGCCCGCCGAGCUCCCCACGGGGACCUUCUUCAAGUGGUGCACGCCGCAGCUCUACUCCAAGCUCUGACCGGUGCGCCGCUCCUCGCCGCGCCGCCCCCUGGGCCGUGCCGUCUCAGCUGACGAAGCCGAAGCGUGGCUUGCUGAGGCGUAUUACUUCUCUGUGUAUUUACUACAGUAGAUCUGUAGAUGUGUGUGUGAUCGGCCCCGGCUGGAUAUGAUCAGGUUCAGAUCCAACGUUAGCAAAAGCGAAAUUCCGUAGCGCGACCGCUUCAUUCUCUGCUUGUUGGUUACUGCCCCGGAUCAGCUAGUCAGCUCUCUAUCUUGGGUUCUGAAGCUGUGCGUUUCAACUGUUACGAUUUCCUUCUUCUGUACUUAUGUGUUAGAACCCUAACAAGCAUCAGACAGAACACAUAAGUUCACCGGAACCUCGUCGGCGAUUCAAACCAAAUCCGCCGCCGCCGCCGCCUUUCGCCGUUAUUUCAUUUGCCAACCGGCAUUGUAUGAUCCCAUACAGUAUAUAUAGUAUAUAUAGA